GUGGAAGCAACGAGGGGCAGCUCCCCGCGAGCCCCACCGCCGGCCCCGCACGCGCCCCCUGGCUCCCCGACGGCGCGUAGGAAGUGGAGAGACGCCCCCGCGCGGCGCGCGCUCCGAUGGGGGAGGACUCGGAGUGACAGGCGGGCGGUCGCUGACGCGGUGGCCGAUCUCGCCUGUGAAGGCUGUUCCUGACACCUGCGGCGGCCGUGGCGACCCUGCGGCGGGUACGAAGAUGUGGCCCCUGGUGGUGGCGCUGCUGCUGGGCUCUGCGUGUUGCGGUUCAGCUCAACUAAUAUUUAAUGUAACUAAAUCAGUAGAAUACACCAUUUGCAACAAAACUAUUGUCAUCCCAUGCUUAGUCACUAAUGUGGGAGCACAAAACCUUAAUGAAAUGUACGUGAAAUGGAAAUUUAAAGGAAAAGAAAUUCUCAUCUUUGAUGGAGCUCAAAAAAAGACUGUGACUAGCAAGGAGUAUCAGAGUGCAAAAAUCACGCCAUCGGAUUUACUAGUUGGCAUUGCCUCUUUGACAGUUGAUAAGAGUGAGGCUGCUGUAGGAAACUACACCUGUGAAGUAACAGAACUAAGCAGAGAAGGUGAAACUCUCAUCGAACUAAAAUAUCGUACUGUUCCGUGGUUUUCUCCAAAUGAAAAUAUCCUGACUGUUGUCUUUGCAAUUUUGGCUAUACUGCUGUCCUGGGGACAGUUUGGUAUUGUCACCCUUAAAUAUAAAUCUAAUCAAACGAAGGAGAAAAUCAUUCUUUUAUUUGUUGCUGGACUGUUGCUCACUGCAGUUGUCGUCGUUGGAGCCAUUCUUUUUGUCCCAGGUGAAUACUCAACAAAGAAUGCUUCUGGACUUGGUUUAAUUGUAAUUCCUACAGUGAUACUAAUAUUACUUCAGUACUGCGUAUUUACGAUAGCUAUUGGAAUGUCCUCCUUCACUAUUGCCAUAUUGAUCCUUCAGGUGCUGGGCUAUGUGCUCUCUUUGGUUGGACUAAGCCUCUGUGUUUCAGAGUGCAUCUCAAAAAAUGGCCCUCUUCUGAUUUCAGGUUUGGGUAUAAUAGCUCUAGCAGAAUUACUUGGAUUAGUUUAUAUGAAAUUUGUUGCUUCCAACCAGAAGACUAUACAACCUCCUAGGAAAGCUGUAGAGGAACCCCUUAAUGCAUUUAAAGAACCCAAAGGAAUGAUGAAUGAUGAAUAACUGAAGUGAAGUGAUGAACUCUCAUUUGGAAAUUAGUAAGACAUGAAAGGAAUGCGCUUAAUGUCUAAGCACUUGUUCCACUGUUCGAGAGAAGAAAACAAGAAAAGUAGUUGGGUUUCAUCUACAGGAGAAAAUAAGUCAUUGACCCUUAAAUCAUUGUUACAGUUUUUAUUCAAAGCAUCUGUAAUUUAGUUAAUAAAAGACUUCUUAUUUGUGAUAUGUGCCCAGUUGAGAUCCAGUUUUUUGUUCUUAUUUUUAUUCAGUUAGUGUCAGAAGUAGAGUAGGCAACUUCCCAGAAUGAUGCCUUUCAGAUCCUAGGGCCUCUCAACACUAAGUCACCAAUUUAAAUUGACUCUAGGUGAAAAUUACCUGUCACUAAGCUGGUAAUUACCUAGGGUUAUCUGUGAAAAAGAAUGGUUUCUAUUGAACUUUAGCAAACUUAGAUUCUCAGCCACUGUGGCAGUUGUGGUUUUAGUUGAAUAAUAUGCCUGCCACUUCUGGGUCAAAGGAAGAGCAAAUUAAGCACAAACUGAGAUUUGAUUGGAAAAAAUAUAUAUGUCACCUAUGCGUAAUGUGAUACUGAUGGAGAACAUGGUCUUCAUUCUUGGGGGUUGCCAUUCAAGAGCCUUCUUUCUUCAACCUAAUAGUGUAACAAAAUUAUUUCCAGACUUAGAGUACUUUUUUGAUGGAAGGGUUUUUCUUUUAUUUGCACAACCUUUUAAACCCUGUCUUGUCCUUUUCUGUUACUUGCUUCUGCUGUACAAAAUGUAGCACCUUUUCUCCUCUAUGAACAUGGUCCAGUGACACAGUAACAUCAUUGUAGAAAGGAGCCAGAGUUGUUCUCAAAGAACUAUGUUCACACUUCUCAGCAAAAAUAGUGGUGGUUGUAACAUAUGUAUUCCCUUCCUCUGAUUUGAAGGCACAAUCUACAGUGUUUCUUCACUUCUUUUCUGAUCUGGGGCAUGAAAAACCAAGAUUGAGAUUUGAACUAUGAGCCUCCUGCAUGGCAACAUAAUGUGUGUCACCGUCAGGCCAACAGGCCAGCCCUAGAAAGGGUGGGUUUAUUACUGUUGUAUCUAUGUUGCAUGAUAAACACUCAUUACCUCCCUCCUGUAGUCCUGCCUCGUAUUACCCUUGCUCUAAGACUGAAAAUUAAAACAAAGUCCCCACGUUUCCUACUCCCAUUAGAAGAAAAUUAACAUUCUGACAGUUGUGAUCGCCUGGAGUACUUUUAGAUUAUUAGCACUCGUUUUCCUCCUUGUGGAUGUGUGUUUGUAUGUGCACAUGUAUAAGAUAAGCACAUGCAUCUUCUGUAUGGACAAAAGUGGGGUACCUACAGGAGAGCAAAUGCUAAUAUCAUGCUUUUAGUAAAAAAAAACAUUCAAAAACAAUUGGAUGGGAUUAUAUUGGAUGUGAAUAUUAGAUUACUUAAAACUUUGAAAACUUCUAGGUAAUUUGCCAAGAUUUUUGACUGCUCACCAAUACCCUCUAAAAAUACUACUUAUUUGCAUUUGUGUAAUAAAACAUUCAUAAUUGCAUUACUAAUAAUUAUUUCUUAGUCCACUAAAUGUUCUCAUGUGCCUCUUUUAUGCCAAAUUAACCAUCACAUUUCUUGUUGGGACCAAGUGGUUUGCUCAUGGCAAACCUAAAUUUAUGACCUGCUAAUGCCUCUCAGAAAACUAAACUUAGAAUGAAAAUAGCUUUUCUUGAAUACGAGGGAAUUUUUUUUUUCUCCCAGAAUUGUGUUGCUGCCCAGAAUAUUAGUGUAUGCAGAGAGAGCUAUAUUCCUUUAUAUAAACCCUAUAACUCCUGUUGCUCUUUACCUUAUGAAAAUGUCUCUAUUUUACUAAUAUACUUUGUUAGUUUAAAGAUCAGUUCUAAUGAAAGGAGGGAAAAUGCAGAUGGACUUCAAAAUGUCCAGGAUUCCUAUUCUCUAAAAGUCAAGUAUGAAAUAUUUAUAGUAAACUUUUUUAUAAAGUGAAAUUGUACCUUUGAAUAUAUAGUAAACAUUUGAACUUGAGGUUCAAUCUUGAAACCUCUUCAUCCUUUGUUCUCUUAAUGCUGCCUGUCACUUGAGGCAUCAUUGCCCUAGACAGUGUUUAAGGUAGCAGGAAAAAUGCCAGAUGAGACCAACUCUUGCUCUUCCAUCUAGUUGUCAGCUUCUCUGGGAAAGGGACUACAGGAGCAGGAGCCCUCUUGCUUGGGCAUCAUUGGACCAGUUCAUAAUCUUUAAAUCCAACUUGCAAUGACUCCAAUUUUCUGUCACACCAAAUUAAAAUUUCUAAUAAGGUUUUGAGCCUCAGAUUUCUUUUUCAGCAUCAAGAUCUAUCUGCUUUUUCCUGACCAUUCUCAACAUUUCCCUUCAAUUCCUCCAUUUAAUUUUCUCUAUUAUACUUUUUCAGAGUGGAACCUUUGUGUUACCUUUGCAAUAGCCUUUCUAGUCUUUUUUUUUUUCCUUUUGGUCCAAAUCCAAUUCUUCAAAACAUUCUCCUUUGCAGUCUAGCCCAUCUUCCUUGCUUCCUCUUCCUGUCAUUCUCAGUUACCUGUUCUAAUACUGCAUCUCUGCGUAAUUUUAUUGUUUUUUUUUCUUGCUUCUUUCACUCAGUUUUAAAAUUCUUUAGCAAAUGCUUCGCACACGCACAUGCACACACACACACUUCUUUAAUAUUUUGCAUACAUUAACCUCUCAGUGCAUAAGAAUGAUGAUAGAGAGCUGACUGUAUGUAGAUCUCCCACUAUUUGUAAUAGAGUGAGCUAGAGCGUUUUCCUUUCUGACAGAUUUCACAUGCUCUAAAACCUUAAAAGGUAAUGAUUUUUCACCUGGAAAAAAAAAUCAGGUCCCAUUUUGUUUUAAUUUCUAAGAAUGUCAGAAAUAAUAUUAAGAGAUUAUCCCAUAAUUGAGAGUAUUAUUCUUUUUAGGAUACUGUCAUCAUUUAUAUAAGUGACCAAGUUAUAGUUUGGGUAAUAAAGUGAUACGUGUACUACUCCAUUUCAUUAAUAAGAAUAAAGGUCUAUAUUACCUUGUAGAGUUAACUUGUCCUAAAAUGGGUAUUCAAAAGUGGAGAUCUUGUGGUGUAUAUGUGGAAAUGCAUACCUGGUUCUGUACCUGUCCUUGUAAACUGGAGAAAUGAUUGUUGGGCAACCUUUAUCUUUUGACUGUGUUUUAUUUGAUGAAGAGUUUGUUUGUAAACAUUACUUUCACAUGUGUCCAUAUUUUCAGAAUCACUGUCAUCAACCACUGGGGUCCUUUGUUAUAUCAUUUUAAGUGGCUAAUAAGGGUAAUCCUGGUAACUUUUAAGAGAAGAACAAUGAGUUUUCUUGCCUUUGGGUUUUGACAACUCUUAACAUUUUAAGACCAGCUUUCCCAUAAAGUUAGCUGUUUGGGGACAGAAAUAAAGAGUAUUCUAAGAAACUUCUUUGUAAGCAACAUCAGUGGAAUCUUGAAAGUAUUGCUAUCAUGGUUGGUGAAAGGGGAAAACUUUAUUUUUCUUAGAUGGAAUAUUAUUUACAAGAAGCCAUUGUUGAGAAUUUAAUCCUACGUCAUAUAAAUAUCAAUUGACCAUUCUAAAUAAAGAAAACCCCAGUGUUGCUAUGUGCAAGAUCCUCUCCUAGAGGCUUUUCCCAUAGCAGUUAAAGGUGUGCUGUUUGUCAGUAGCCAUUUUUUGCAGUGAUUUAAAGACCAAAGUUGUUUUACAGCUGUGUUACUGUUAAAGUUUUUUUUUUAUGUAUUAAAUCAAUUUAUCACUGUUUGAAGCUUUGAAUAUCUGCAAUCUUUGCCAAGGUACUUUUUUAUUUAAAAAAACAUAACUUUGUAAAUAUUACCCUGUAAUAUUAUAUAUACUUAAUAAAACAUUUUAAGCUAU